GGCGGGCGUUGGGGUGUCGCCGCGCUUUUUGACCCUCGGCCUCUCCCGUACCGCAGCGAGCGCGCGGGGCCAUGGAGCGGAGCGCGGCGGCGGCGGUGCGGCGGCUGCGUGCGGCCGGCGGGGAGCGCGAUCGCGACCGGGACCGCGAUCGCGACCGGCGCCCUCCGGCACCGCCGCGAGAGGCCGGCGGCGACGGCGCCGCCGCCCCGCCGGGGAAGACUCGGGACGGGUCGCGGCGGCGGCCGCAGGCGCUGUCGGAGCGGCGGGCGGCGGCGCUGGUGCUGCUGUACCUGCUGGCGCUGCGGGGCCUGGCGCACGUCGCGCACCGGCACCUGCUGAGCCGCCCGCAGCGCGGCGGGCACCCGCACUUCAGCGCGCACCGCGCCAGGGGAUAUCUUGACAACAUAACAGCGAUUGGGCCCAGAACUGUUGGAAGUCCAGAGAAUGAAGUUCUUGCAGUUAACUACCUCCUAGAACAAAUUAGGGCAAUAGAAACUGAAAGCACAGAUGCUCACAAGAUAUCUGUAGACAUACAGAGGCCGACAGGCUCCUUCAGCAUUGACUUUUUAGGAGGCUUUACUAGUUACUAUGCAAACAUAACCAAUGUGGUAGUGAAGCUGGAACCCCGAAACGGAGCUGAGCAUGCAGUCUUAUCCAAUUGUCACUUUGAUUCCGUACCAAAUACCCCAGGUGCCAGUGAUGAUGCUGUUAGCUGCUCAGUGAUGCUUGAAAUACUUUACACUCUCUCAAAAUCAUCAGAACCCUUGCAGCAUGCUGUCAUAUUCCUGUUUAAUGGAGCAGAAGAAAAUAUUUUGCAGGCUAGUCACGGCUUCAUUACACAACAUGAGUGGGCCAAGUCAAUUAGAGCUUUUAUUAACCUGGAGGCAGCAGGUGUAGGAGGAAAAGAACUUGUUUUUCAAACAGGACCUGAAAAUCCUUGGUUGGUACAGGCAUAUGUAUUUGCAGCCAAACAUCCUUUUGCCUCUGUAGUGGCACAGGAAAUCUUUCAGAGUGGUAUUAUCCCAGCAGAUACAGACUUCCGGAUCUACAGGGACUUUGGUAAUGUUCCAGGAAUAGACCUGGCUUUUAUUGAAAAUGGCUAUAUUUAUCAUACAAAAUAUGACACAUCAGACAGAAUUUUAACAGAUUCCAUUCAGAGAGCAGGUGACAAUAUUCUAGCUGUCUUAAAAUACCUAGCAACAUCAGAUAAGCUGGCUAAAUCUUUUGAGUAUAGACAUGGAAAUGUUGUAUUUUUUGAUGUACUUGGCUUAUUUGUCCUGGCUUAUCCUGCUCGUGUUGGCACCAUCAUGAACUACAUAAUAGCAGCAAUUGCUUUUCUUUACUUAAGCAAAAAAGUAUUACAACCCAAAACCAGAGCUAUUAAUAACCUGAAGAAAUUCUUUACUGCAUUUGGCUUAAUACUACUAAGUUGGAUCUCCACACUAGUAACUGUGCUUAUUGUGGCAGUGUUCAUCUCUCUCAUUGGACGGUCUCUUUCUUGGUAUACCCAUUUCUAUGUUUCUGUGUUUCUGUAUGGCACUGCAGCUGUAGCUAAACUCAUCCUUGUGCAUACUCUAGCCAAGAAGUUUUACUACAAGAAUAUGAAUGACCUGAACCUGGGAGAUGUGUUUUUUGAUGCCUCAUUGCUGAUUUGGACUAUAGCAUUGGCUAUGAUUACUCAGAUGGGCCUUUGUUCAGCAUUCAUUUGUACAUUGUGGGUGGCAUUUCCAUUACUCACUAAACUGAUGAUCCAUAAGGAAUUCAGACAAAAAGGUGCCACAAUUAAGUUUGUUGUCAUGUACAUGCUGGGAAUGUUUGUUCCCUAUCUAUAUAUGAUGUAUCUUAGUUGGACUAUAUUUGAAAUGUUUACCCCUAUCAUGGGACGAAGUGGUUCAGAAAUUCCACCAGAUGUAGUGUUGGCAGGAUUUAUUGUGGCCAUCACUAUGAUUCUGUCAUCUUAUUUUAUUAACUUCAUUUACCUUGUCAAAAGUACAAAAAUGACGCUAGUAAGUUCAACUGCUGUGUUUGUAGUCACUCUGAUUCUCGUUUGCAGUGGAAUCUUCUUUCCUUACAGUUCUGAUAUGGCUAACCCAAAGCCUAAGCGAGUCUUUCUCCAGCACACGAGCAGAAGAUUUCACGAUCUAGAUGGAAACCUGGUUAAAAGUGACUCUGGUAUAUGGAUUAAUGGAUUUGAUUAUAAUGGAAUAUCUCACAUAACUCCCCAUGUACCUGAAAUCAAUGACACCAUUAGAACUCCGUGUGAGGAGUGGGCUCCUUUUUGUGGCCUGCCUUGGAUACUACCAGUGCAUUUCAUGUUCCGGAAAAACUGGUAUCUUCCUGCUCCAGAAAUUUUUCCAAGAAGUCCCGUUCACUUCAAAGUUCUGGCCAAAGAGCUAAUGCCCUGGAACUCUGUGAGGUUAAGCUUUGAAGUAUCUGGUCCAAGUCACAUGUCACUGUAUAUUCGGCCACACGAAGGGUCAGCUCUGUCCACCUGGUCUCUUGGAGAUGGAACGCCAGUUGCUAGUGUAGGAGGAGACUACUUUGUAUUUUACUCCCAUGGGCUGCACGCUACACCAUGGAACUUCUGGAUAGAGCUUACAGCCUCAGAAAAGCAUUCUGAUGGAAUAGUCUCCCUUGCCAUAGCAGCACACUAUUUUUUUGGGGAAGAUCAAAAAUCACCUCAACUCUAUGCCUUACUGGAGAGAUUUCCAAACUGGACGUUUUCUUCUGGUUGGUCCUGCACUUACGACCUUUUUGUAUUUUAAUGUUAACAGUAAUGCAACGCUGAUAGGGUGAUCUCUCCAACAUAGGAUGCUGUCACAGCAAACAUCCUAACAAGAUAGCACAGACUUUCACAGUAAUUUAAAAUACGUUGGCUGAAAAUGGUGUUUCUUUGGCAGUUUGGCUAUUUAAAGGCUACAGCUGUCUUGGGGGAAAAGGUGAUACCCUGUCAAUAUAAAUACAAUUGAGCUGGUUCUUCCACUGAAAUGGCAGUUUGACUAGUGUGUUUCUGAACAUGAAAACUGCAUUUUAGGAAGUAACAUUAUCAUAAUACAAUGGCAAUUGUAAUGAAAGGGCCUCAUUAAAUUAUUUUGAUGUAACAUAACAUAUAACUGUACUUCACACACACCCUUCAUCCACUCAGGGGAGGUUCAGACUGGACAUUAGGAAAAAUUUCGUUCUUGUGAGCGUGGUCAAACCCUGCAACAGGCUUCCUAGAAAGAUGGGCGAUGCUUCAUUUUUGUCAACGUUCAAGAGACAUUUGGGUAAUGCCCUUAAUAAUAUGUUUUAACUUCUGAUUAGCAUGGUCAGGCAGUUGGACUCAAUGGUCUUUACAGGUCCCUUCCGACUGAAAUACCCUUCUGUAUGGGUAGUAUCAUGUGCCAGUCCUAUCCGUCCUAUUAAAGUAAGGCCUUCAGACUUACAGGUGGUUGUUUAUGUGAUGGGGGGAAGAGGCAGCAAAGUCCUAAACAUUACUUCUGUCACUGGAUGAAGUCACUGAAAGCUCUGAUGCCUGUAAAGGUUGCAAAUGUACGAUGCAGAAAAGCCCAUAUUCUGGAAUGUGGUAAUUAUUUAUCCACAUUAACUUUUCCAAUUAAUACAUUUAUUUUAAAAAUUUGGUUCCUACCUUUUGCCUGUCUUUUCAGUGUUGAAACUUGGGUGGGUAAGUUUGACCUGUCUCCUUGUGCAGGUGUUCUUUUAGGAUCGUUUAGUAUCAGCAUACAAGCAUAUGACUUGCUCUUGCAUGUGAGACUGCCAAGAAACCACUCCUUUGAGUGGAUGUCUUAUAAUUAAUCCAAUCUAAAUUUCAAGUUAUCUUCUAAUUUAUUAGAAUUAGCGAACUUUUGGUAUCUCCUUUGGAGAGACUUUUACUAACGUGACAGUAUUGCACUUUGCUGAUACAUAUACCUGUUUCUUUCAAAUAUGGUUUGCUUUCCGUGAGGAAUAAUAGCAACGGUCAUCUUUAAAAGAAUGUGUGAUAUCUCUGGGUUGCUUUUCUUGUUUUUAUUUCCACAGGAUGAGUUUAUAAAUGUCUAAGUGAUCUAGAGUAUCUUCCAGUUUUAACAAGCUUUGAAUUCUGAAGCCACUUACCUGUUGUUGUUUUUUUUUCCCUUUACACCCUACAGUGUUUUUUUUCAGUGCACUGUAAUAAUUGAUGCUAGUUUCUGAAAUUCAAAGAGCUCUGUGCAAUUGAAGAAACUUUAUAUUUUUUUUCCAAACUAAAUAUAAAAUAUUGUGACAUCAACACCGUGCUGUGAAUUAUACGGAUUCAUGUUUUGCCUCAUGAGCAUUGCCAAAUAGCAUGCAAAGCAGAUUUUGUGCAUGCAUCAUCAUUUCAAGUAGAAACGUGCUAGUACUGCGAAGCUUACAGGGCAUAUGGAAGAAAUUUGUGACACUUUAAUUUGUGUGAGCUGUGAUAGAUAGCAGAGCAGUUGCCCAUUCAGGUAUCGUCCCUUCAGAUUGGCCUGUAGUUGUGUAGGUAAGUGGCAAGAAACAGUUAUGUUUAUUGCAAGGUCCAUUUGCAAAGAUUGUUGACUGAUUCAUGGAGUAGGGGCAGAGGUUUAAUUACUGUAUUUAUACUGAACUGGACAUUGGUAUCUUAAAACCAGGUCAUCCUACAUUAACGUGAAUUGAUCAUCACUGGCUUGAUUGUAUCUGAUUUGAAAGUACAGUCUGUAUACUAUGCAUUCAUAUUUAAAAAAAACUUGUGCUAUGAAUGUUUUGGGAAAAAAAAAAGCUUCAGAACUGUUAAGUGUCUUGAAUCUCAACACAUGUUGUGUGUUGUGCUGUAGCCAAUGCACAGCUGGUUAACUAGAGGUGCACUGAUAUUUACUGUCUUCCCCUGAUUUGAUUUUUAUUCUAUUUUGCGUCUGAUUUAUAUCUUUUAAAAAAGUGCUGUGUGAAGAAGUCAUACUGAGAGCCAAAAAUGUCAAAAUGCCUGUUAACAAUUUCUGGAACGUCCAUGAAGCAAUAACUGUUGCUAACUCAGGAUUUAACCUUUAUUAAAUAAUUUAAUUAUGAGGGAUGUCUAAUUUGUUGUAAGUCUCUGGAUUUAUAAAUAAAAGCGAACCUUAAUCA